AUGUCUAUCCCACCCGAGUUACGGGUGCUGAACCACCAGCUCUCCACUGUUCCGGCCGCCCAGUUGCCUCAGAUAACACCUCUUCUCCUGCGGAAUGUACUGAGGUGCCAGGGACCUUUAUCGUCGCCGUCUACGAAUGCUGCCAAGGAUGAUUCGUCUGAGGCAUCUGCUGUCCACACGCUCAAAAGUCACGUGUCCAGAUUAUUAUUUGGCAAAAGCGCAGAAGGAAGAUUCGCAGCGAUAAUACUGGCCAAAGGUAUCAUUGACGUCGGCGGAUGGGAAGUUCUACGAGGGGCUUUGAAAUGGGUGCAAGGGCUGUUGGCGAUAUUGACAAAGCCAGAUCCUGCCGCAUCAAAGAGACUAUGCAUCAUUACAUUGACAAGUAUAUUUGUCAAGACGCAUCAGUAUCAGAGCAUCGUCAGAGAGAUCACUACGCCACAUCUGUCACCUUUUGUGACGUCUUGCCUUGCCUCCGUCUCCUCAAAGUCCACCGGCAAGGUAUUGGAGGUUCCGGCAUCUCUUACAGAGUCUGUGUUGGACGCCUUUUCUACGCUGAUGCCUAGACAUCCUGCAAUCUUCCGACCUUUUGCCAACCAGAUUAGGCAAGUGACGAGAGUGUAUGUGGCACCUACCUUCUGUGAUGCAUUCUUCGUGCCCGAAUCUCUGAAAGAGUCCGCCCGCUCUCUCGCCGUAUUAUUGCAUCAGACAGCGCCAAAAAACACCAGCGGAGAAGAAUGGGGCAAAAACGUCCGAGAGCUUGUCAAGGAAAUUCAUGCCACGACAGAUCAAGUUUAUCGUGCUGUUGUAGAGGAUUGGGAGUCUGCUGCUGGGUACGUUCCACAGCCGAUUGAUGUCAACGAGGAGCUUCAUGGCGGUGGGAAAUCAAAGGAUGACUAUCCAGCCUGGACUGGGAUCGACUCUGGGUUGGAAAGGCUUCAAGGCUUACUUGGUUACCUGGAAGAGCACUUCAGACACCACACGGCGACCGCUGUUACUGUGCCUCUCGGUAUUAUCGACGACCUCCUCACUAGGCUGAUGUCCAUUGCCGCUCCCCAGCCAUCGAACAAUGGAUCAGGCCAGGGUUCCAUGCGACUCCACCCGGCAAUCUCUCGUGAAGAGCGAGAAGGUUUAUGGUCCGGUCUACCGCAAACCUACGUCGGAGUCAUGGAAGUGUAUGGAAUCCUCAUUGAGCGUCUCCAGCACAAUUUUACGUCUCUAGCGCAAGGUUGCCUUGAGCAGAUUACGUGGACCUUCCGAUCAGGAAAACAGGAUGAGCAAUACCGCUCAAAAGCCUACGACGUCAUUGCAACCAUUUUACCACUAUGUGCAUCGGGCCUUCCAAAACCUUCCAUUCAUAGAAUGACGUCGGUGAUAGUUUCCUGCUGCAAAGAGUUACGUACUGUCGACGAGGUGGUUCCCGCUAUAGCGCUGAAAGACAGUAGCGGAAAGGCUAUUUCCAAUGGCGUCGCCAAUGCGGACAGUUUUCUCAAAAACAAGUCAAUUCUGUCAUCUACUGACGUGCACGAUACGGCAGUUGUUAGAAGCGCCAAAGCGCUCCUGCCACUAUUCUUCACACUUAUUCCUCAGCAACACCUUGAGGCAUAUACACGAGCUGAGCUAGAUAGGACAGCCAUUCUAUCACACCACAAAGAAGCAAUGCUGGCUAGCGUUCUGAGCCCAUUCUUGGGGCGGAAUGAAAAGAGUUUACCUAGCAUUCUUCCGCACCUUUGCCGGGCAUAUCCGCGAGAUGCCGCUGUGGAGGCGCUACUGAGGCCGCGACUGCCUGUUAUCCGCCAAUCUGGGCCUGUAAUGGGUGCGCCGCUCGAAGAGCAGCUUGUCGAGGACGACGAUGUAGCGAUGGGUGAUCUGCAGCCAGUGGACGAACAAGAAGAGCUCUCCGAGAAUAUCGUUAAUGCCACUACGACAUCGAUAUCAACAAGCAACGAUGCUACUUCUACUGAUGCUGCGAUCGCGUCAACCAAUACGAGGGAACCAGAGACUAACCAUUGGGGGAAUAUCGCACCGGAUAAGGUUUACGCUAGGAAGGACCCACAAAAUAAGGAUGUGGCGGCCCCUGCCGCUAGCAUUAGCGAGGGUACGUCAAGGGUCGAAACAACGUCACGUACAACAGUACAGUCCACGACUACAACUGUGGAUGUUGUCGAGGAAGAGGACUCUGAUGACGAGUCUGUGCAUUUGGAGGCUGGUCUGUCUGAUUCUGAGGAGGAGGAGGAGUAA